UGCGCCUGUUUCUCUCACUAAAAGAGAGAGAGAGGGAGAGUGAUGAUUGCUGGUUAUCCUGUUUUUCUCUCUAACGGAGCAGCUUCACUCGCUCUCCCAUUUUCUCUCACUAAGAGUUAGAGAGAGAAAGAGGUGAUACUGUUUGCCAAUUUGCUGUUUAUCCCGUUUCUCUCUCUAAACCAUCGGCUUCUCCUCACUAUCUCUCUCUGCCGUUUCUCUCACUAGACCAGUGGGAGAGAGGGUUUUUGUGGUUACUUAUUCCGUUUCUCUCUCUAAUCAGAGGUUUCUCUCGCUAACGUUUCCCCUUUCCCGUACUACCUUAUCCCUGUUUUUGAUUUUGGAAUGGGGGCUUCUCUCUCUGAGAAUGACCCUGAAAGUCUCCGGAAAUCUGAACCCGAGUGCUUAGCUUCUUCCUCUUCUUCUUCUUCUUCUUUUCCGCGUUCUGGUAAUUUUUCCGGCGACUGUUCUGGCCAAAAAUGCGGUGUAGAUCCAAUGGUGAAGAUCGAGCUCGAUGCUGCCCUUGCUCUUGCUGAGUUUGCAGAGCUCGCUUUACUUUCGAGCAAGAACCAGAAGAGAGGGAAAGCUGGAGAUUUUACUGGGAAAUGGGGAAACAAGGGGAGAAGGUCAACGAUGAGGCAAAAGAGCGAGGUUCCAGUCAAGGUUUGGGGGGGAACUCUCCCUGAUUUGAAGAUUGUUAGAAAAUGGGUUAAAAUUGGUCAAGACCUUACAUCGAAUAAAGACGAAAAAUACCACAUUGAAAAUUUGUGUGAAACUGCACUAAGGGACACUGUGAAAACAGAGUGUGGUAUUGAAAUACUAAAAUCCCGGACUAAGGGCUCUACUGGUCCGGUUUCAGGGUAUGCUGGCAAGUUGAAGCAACCGUUGAGUGAGGAUGAGAAAGAGGCAAGAAGACUCCGUAGGGUUCAAGCUAACCGGGAGUCAGCUCGGCAGACAAUUCGACGGAGACAGGGGAUGCAACGGUUGGAUCAGAGGCUGCGGCAGUUGGAGAACAAUAUUCAUCGUGAAGAAGGUGCUCGCAGCCACAUUCAUCUUGCACCAGUCCUAUGUGAGGAAUUAACCAGACGAGCUGCCAAUCUGGCAUUGGACAACGAGAGUAUGAAACGAGAAAUGGACUUGGCGAUGCAAGAGUUCCUGUCACUGAAGGAGACAAAUCAACAUCUGAAGGAAAGGGUUGCAAAGAUGUUCCAAGAUGAAGAAAAGCAAGCUCCAGAUGAAGACCCUCCCCCUGAAACCGAGAAGCCAGCUUCUUCUCCAGUGCAAGCCCCUCUGGUAUUCUACAAUGGGAUACACUUCACCCCAAUCGCUUGGCCACCCAUUUUGCAGCCCUUAAGCACAACUCAAACACCACCUGUUUCUCUUUCUAAUGACGAAGACGAUCACCUACAUGCGGCCUCCAGAAUACACACAUCUCAAGGGUGGGGAGGAAAUUUCAGGGGAAGCAGUGGACCCAGUGCUUUUUAUGUGCUACCAUGUCCAUGGCUUUUCUCUCUCUAUGAACAGGGGCCUAUACCCUGCCCAUGUGACGCACCUGCUUUGAGAGAAGAUGGCUCCUUGAGAUUAUGUCAGUAUGAUAUAGAGUCAUCUAGAAAGCCAAUAAUAACUUCAUCAAGCUGCUCAGUUGAGAACCAAUUCGAUUCAAAAGCUCCAAAAAUUAGAGAGAAAACAGCUAGGAGUGUUGGAGAGAGCCAACCUCUCUUGCCUAGAGAGAGAUCAGAUCGAGUUGUGGGGCACCCUUCGGAAGAACUGGGUCUUGUGCCAACUAUGAAUACCUCCAUUUUCACUAUAAAUCGACAAAGUCUCUGGGCUCAAGAUGCGAAAGAUACUAAUCCAAAUGACAAUGUUACCGUUAUGGCUGCGCAUUCAGCAGAGCUCAGCCCUGAGUUCUCACCGAGUCCUUGCUUGUGUCAAAGUAAGAGAUCAUCAGAUGCAGCUGCUGCUACUGAAGCUAGAAAGAGAAGGAAAGAGUUGACAAAGCUAAAAAACCUGCAUUAUAGGCAAUUAAGUCGACUGCAAUGGUGAUUGAGAUGGCCAAGGUUUGCUGACCUACUAAAAACCAAGGAAAUUGUGAUGCAGAUGCUUUAAUGGAAAAAGAGGAGUCCCGAAUCAAGCGGCGUGUAUUAAUCCACAGCAUGUUGAGGUUUUAACAUUGAUUCCCUGAUCCCUGUUGGAUUUUUCUGGGUAUUUAAGUGUAUUGUAACUGUAAAAUCAUGGAGAGAAACCUCGUGCUGAGGGGUUACGAAUAGUUUGUGGUCUAAGGAGCCCUUGAGUGAGAGGGACAUAAGCUUCUUGGAGAAAAUCUGAGCUGUAUUUUGUAAAAGUAAAUUUCACGAUGUUAUAAAUUCUCUUCUUCACCAUGGGAAGAGAGAAAUGUUCCCCUUUGUAUACAUCUAGUUGUUCAGAGUCUUGUUUUUCUCUCUUUUUUUGGAAA